GGGAACUCAGCCGCGCCGGAAAGGAGAACUACAACUCCCGUCCAUCCCUGCGCUCCCGCUCCUCAAGAUGGUGGCCCGCAAGAAGAAACCUGGUGCGUGCGGCCACGAGGGGAGCAUACCGAGCCCACCGGGUUAUUCAGCUAUUCCAGUGAAGUUCUCAGAAAAGCAGCGGGCUUCUCAUUACCUCUACGUGAGACAGCACAGAGUUCGCCAAGACACCCAAUCCACGUGGCCUCCCAAUAGGACCCUUUUUAUCCUCAAUGUGCCCCCGUACUGCACAGAGGAGAGCCUGUCCCGACUCCUCUCUUCCUGUGGCACCAUCAAGACAGUGGAGUUGCAGGAGAAGCCUGACCUUGCCGAGAGCCCCAAGGAGCCAAAGUCCAAGUAUUUUCACCAGAAGCCCGCUCAGGGCUUUCAGGUAGCUUAUGUGGUGUUCCAGAAGCCAAGUGGAGUGUCAGCUGCUUUGAAUCUGAAGGGCCCAUUGCUGCUUUCUACAGAGAGCCACCCUGUGAAGAGCGGAAUCCAUAAGUGGAUCAGUGAUUAUGAAGAUUCAGUGCUCGACCCUGAGGCCCUGAGAAUCGAAGUAGACACAUUCAUGGAGGCCUACGACAAGAAGAUAGCUGAGGAGGAGACUAAGGCCAAGGAGGAGGAAGGAGUCCCGGAUGAGGAGGGCUGGGUGAAGGUGACGCGCCGGGGCCGCAGGCCUGUGCUCCCUCGGACAGAAGCGGCCAGCCUGCGCGUCCUUGAGAAGGAGAAAAGGAAGCGGGCCCGCAAGGAGCUGCUCAACUUCUAUGCCUGGCAGCACCGAGAGUCCAAGAUGGAGCACCUAGCACAGCUGCGCAAGAAGUUCGAGGAGGACAAGCAGAGGAUUGAACUGAUGCGCGCCCAACGCAAGUUCCGGCCCUACUGAGCUGUUGUGGCCGCUGGCGAGCAGGCCUGCGUCCUCGGGGACUGUGCUUUUGAAGCAGAUCCCAGGCCCAGAAGCCGCUGCUGUGUCCCACAGCUCCAUCUCUACACCCACACAGGCUGGAAGUGCAGGGCAGCGGCGGCAUUUGGCCUCCAGAGAGCUGCCCCUGCCUCCUCAACCUGUAAAGAUAUUCCUGGGAAACCUGACUGACCGUCUGCUCUGACUCUCUUGCCCUCCAUGAAGUCCCUGCAGGCAACAGAGCCAUUGGAAUGCAGUGAAGACAGAUUUAUUUCCACACAGGCUGGCAGCCAGGACAGGCUCCAGAGACCCAGCCCAGGCCCUGCUUCCUCAGCGCACCAGCUCACUGCACCAGCUCACUGCAGCUUACCAGACACAAGCCCCAGGGCACCUGUCCCCUUCUCAAAGGCCAGAAUCUUGUUUUCCCUUGCCUGCCACAGCUCUACCAUGGGAUUCUCCGCUGCCUCCCUCGGUCUUCGAGCCCGGUGAGCCCCACCCCACCUAUUUUGUGGGAUGGGGGUGUUAGGAAGUGCGAACAGGAUCCAAGACCAGAGCUACAGCAACGAUGAGGUCCUGGGUUGGCUCUCUAGGAAGGAGCUGAUGGUUCCCGCCACAAGGUGGGGCUUGUUCAUGUGGACGUAGUGAUUGCCUGGGACUUUCACAAGCUGGAACCGCUGGAGAAAGGGGCAGCUGGUGAGAUGCUGCCCACUCGGGAGACCUUCUCAUAGCUGACUGCUUCCAAGUGGGUGAGAGGCGACCUCUCUCCACAGCAGCCUGGGGACUUGGAGGCUGUCCCGGGGAUGUAGGCCUCUGAGCUGUGUGGCUACCGGGCUGAACGGGGCAGUCACAGGCAGGGUCGCUGCCAGUUCUGGUGGAGCGGGCUGUGUGCAGAGGUUCCAGGCCUCGGUGGGUCUAAGUGGAUGACUGGCGAGAGAGAGCCAGGACCUCCACAGGCCUCCCCCUGCCCUGGAGCAUCACACUUGCCAAUGUGCUGGUUCCGGGAGCAGUGAGGCCAGUGAGAGGCCGCUUUUAAGAGGUGUGCCCCACAAGUAGGCCCGGCCAGGGGUCAGGUGAGAACAAUAAAGUGGAAGAUCCUGCCAACCAAA